AUGGUCGUCGGCGCCGCGGGCUGGUGGUGUCUGGUGCUCUGGCUCCCCGCCUGCGUCGCGGCCCACGGGUUACGCAUCCAUGAUUAUUUGUACUUCCAAGUGCUGAGUCCUGGAGACAUUCGAUACAUUUUCACAGCUACACCUGCAAAGGAUUUUGGUGGCAUCUUUCAUACAAGGUAUGAGCAGAUCCACCUUGUCCCCGCGGAACCUUCAGAAGCCUGCGGAGAACUCAGCAAUGGCUUCUUCAUCCAGGACCAGAUCGCUCUGGUGGAGAGGGGGGGCUGCUCCUUCCUCUCCAAGACCCGGGUGGUGCAGGAACAUGGCGGGCGGGCAGUGAUCAUCUCUGACAACGCAGUUGACAAUGACAGCUUCUAUGUGGAGAUGAUCCAGGACAGUACCCAGCGCACGGCUGACAUCCCUGCCCUCUUCCUACUCGGCCGAGAUGGCUACAUGAUCCGCCGCUCCCUGGAACAGCAUGGGCUGCCAUGGGCCAUCAUUUCCAUUCCGGUCAAUGUCACCAGCAUCCCCACCUUUGAGCUGCUGCAACCACCCUGGACCUUCUGCUCUUGUAGGUUUCUGGAAGACUUCAGUGUUCCUCUGUGGAGACACUAA